AUGCCAAAAGCGAGCCGUGUUCGCCAUAUUACGCACCACUCUUCUGUCAAGCUCAAGAAAUCCUCGACAAAUUCCAAUGAUGCAUCUAUCUCUGGAGUAGUUGGUCUCGGAGAACCAUCCGGCUCCCAAGCACCUGGGCCGCAAGCCGAACCAGAACAUGAACCUGUUACCCAGCAAAAGAAGAAAGAGAAACAACAGGAAAAGCGCAAGGCGUUUUUGCAAAAGCUGGAACCAACUGCAAGGCAGUUCUCCAAGUCGCACGAACGGCGUAUGAAACGGAAGGCAAAAGAGCAGCUUUCUGGCGGUUUGCAUGAUCUUCAAAGCGCUCUUGCUUCGCUCGAGGAAGAUAAGCACGGCGAAGAUAGCGCACCUGCUGUUACGAUCGCAGACGCCGAGGAGCCGCAAACGACGGCCAAACCCAAAGUAAAACCUGGGACGAUCGGUAAGGGGCGUUCAGCACCUCUGUCGAAAGCCCAAAGAAAUCGUGCAUUCGAACUUGAACGCCUACGGCAUCCACUCAUCCUGAAGAACCCAGAUUUUUUUUCGAAUCCGUUCCAGACGAUACGAACUCAUGCACAAAACACCCUCUUGAAACAUGAUGCGUGA